CAGAGAGCAAUGUUUGACUGUACGCAGUGAAAACACAGAGGCAGCCUCGCAUUUGUACAGUGCUGUGAAGUUUUCAUCACAGAGGGCUUCCCACUGCCGUUGUUUGUGCAGAGUCUCCAGACGACCGCUGCACCAUUCUUCCGCCCUCCAUCCACUUUCUGUUCAAUGCCUAACGCUGCAGAAAGUCAAGAGGCAAGCGUACCCGGGACCGCCGACCGUGCGGCCCCGCCCCAGCCCCCCAACAGAGACGAUGAGCAUGGCCUCCCGGGCUCCUUCGCCAGGGACUCCCUGAGGCAGCGGCGCGCCUCCAGCGCCGAAGUCCGCGUCCCAUGGACCUGCCCCGUGACCCACUCCAGGGAGAAGUUCUACACUGUCUGCUCCGACUACGCCCUCCUCAACCAGGCCGCCUGUGUGUACCGCCCGCCCGCCGCGUCUAAGGAGGCGCCCUCAGGUGCGCAGCAGACCGACCCUCCCUACGGGCAGUCUGCCUCAGCCGGGCUCUCCCAAGCGCCGACCGGGUGCGCUAAUGUUGUUCUUCCCGGGGACUGUGACAGCAUGGAGGUGGAGACCAGGAGCCUCUCGAAGACUCGAGUUCUGGCCUGGGAGAUCGACACAACCGAUUUUGACGCUGUCUUAACAAGAAAAUCUAGGACAAGCAAUCUGAAGAAAUCCAGCUCCAAGAAGAUGAAGUCCUCAGACAAACACAGCAGGAACCUGCAAGACGGCCCACAGCACGCCACACUGGAGGAGAUAAAGCAGAGGAAGGUGCUGGACCUCAGGAGAUGGUAUUGCAUCAGUCGUCCUCAGUAUAAAACGUCCUGUGGAAUCUCCUCCCUGAUCUCCUGUUGGAACUUUCUGUACAGUACACUGGGGGCAGGCAGUCUUCCCCCCAUCUCCCAGGAGGAGGCGCUACACAUCCUGGGCUUCCAGCCCCCGUUCGAGGAGAUCAAGUUUGGGCCUUUCACAGGCAACGCCACCCUGAUGCGAUGGUUCAGGCAAAUCAACGAUAACUUCCGCGUGCGUGGGUGCUCUUACAUUCUGUACAAACCUCACGGAAAGCACAAGACAGCAGGAGAGACAGCCGAGGGGGCUUUACAGAAGCUCACCCAAGGGCUGAAGGAUGAAUCCAUGGCCUACAUAUACCACUGUCAGAACCACUACUUCUGCCCUGUGGGCUUCGAGGCCACGCCCCUGAAGGCGGCCAAGGCCUACAGGGGCCCCCUUCCCAAUAAUGAGAUGGAGCACUGGAUUCUCAUUGGCGAGCCAAGCAGGAAACAUCCAGCCAUUCACUGUAAAAAGUGGGCAGAUAUUGUGACAGAUCUGAACACGCAGAAUCCAGAAUACCUGGAUAUCCGUCACACAGAGAGGGGGAUCCAGUAUCGCAAAACCAAAAAGGUGGGUGGAAACCUGCACUGCAUUAUGGCCUUCCAGAGGGUGAACUGGCAGAAACUGGGCCCCUGGGCCCUAAACCUGGAGAACCUGCGGCAUGACCCCCACCACCUGGGGGCGGAGCGAGGCUCGGGCAGCGCUGCAGACGGCCCUGACGAAAAGCCCUCCUCCAAGCGCCUGGGGCGGUCCCUGAGCGCCGGGUACCAGAGGGACUCCACCUGGAAGCGCCUCUCCAACACCUACGAGUACCGGCACGGCGGGUCCCCCGAGAGCGACGUCGAUGAAGACACCACUGACUGAAGAGCUGUGGCGGGGGCUGAUGGGAAAUGUAGUCUCGGAAGGAGUCCUACAGGUGUGCACAAUUACCACCUGUCUCUAAACACACAAAGCAACCGCACAUCCUGAUUUUAUUUUUUCGAUGUGUUUUCAUGAAGUGGCAUUGUAUGGCUUCCGCUAAUUU